AUGAAAGUUUAAUUUAAAACUUAAAAUGAUUUAUUAUAUGAAAAAUACAAUUUUGUUUAAAUUCAUUUUCAUUCCCAAAAUGUAGUGAAAAUUAACUUUUAUAUUAAAAUUGAAAAAACUUAGACAGUAUUUAAAGAAAUCAUUCAGUUAUAAGAGUUUGAAGUUAAAAUUAUUUCGAUGUUUUUUUGAUGCCGCUGAUGAUAAUUCAUCAUUUUAGGUUAUUUAUAGUAGUAAUAAAGCCUCAGAAAUCGUUUAGCAAUCUAUAGAGGAGAUUAGAAAAUAGAUGAUUUAAUUUAAAACAGGGCUAGAAUAUGUCGAAGUGAUUUGGGCCAAUUUGAAUUCUAUACAGUUGUAAGUAUUCGUAAGAUUAAAAAUAUAUUCUAUAAAAUAGAAAGUUCUAGCACCAAUAAAUAUAAAAUAAAAAUUUGUUUCAAUUCUAAAAUUAAUGAUAUGGAAAUAGGGAUAAGAAAUUUAUUGAUAUUUAUUUAUACUUGCUAUCCAACUUGUUUAUCUUGUAAUGAUCCUUCAGAGAUUUAAUGUUUAUUGUUUCAACAAUUUGAGUGUAUAAGGAGAUAAAUUUAUUUGUAUUUCUAAUUAAUAAUUUUCAGAAACAUAUAGGUUUUCGAUAAGAAUACAGUAGAGAAUAUUCAAUUGCUCGUUAUGAUUUAAUAUGUGUGAAUGAUAAAAGAAUAAAUAAAGUUUACUUUAUUCGGAGAUGACAGCAACACUUAAUCAAAUCAUAGAUAUUGUUCUUUAAUAUUUGAAUAAGACGAAUUUCAUCCAAAAAAAAAACGGAUUUAUUUAAUGAAAAUUGUAGUGGAAUUAGCAUUAUAGGAAAGUUUUAAUUUUAUUAAGGAAUGCUAUACAAACUAAGUCUUGAAAAUGCUAUAAAAUGUGUAAGAAUUAGAAUAACAUUUUAUUUACUUAAUUUCUAAUAUACAAGCAAAUUGA